AUCUUCCGCAGCUUCUGCCCCAUGGAGGUCACCUUUUUCCCUUUCGACUGGCAGAACUGCUCCCUCGUCUUCCGGUCCCAAACCCACAACAUCCGGGAGAUGGAACUCUACUACGGCAUCGACGACAACACCAAAAAGCUGGCGGACUACAUCAUCAUCGACAAGGAGGCCUUCACAGAGAACGGGGAGUGGGCCAUCCAACGGCCCCCGGCCCGCAUUGUCCUGGCCGCCACGGACGGGCUGGAGGCGCCGGGCUUCUCCGAGAUCCACUACUUCCUCAUCAUCCAGCGUAAGCCCCUCUUCUACGUCAUCAACAUCAUCGUGCCCUGCGUGCUCAUUUCCUCCUUGGUCGUCCUGGUCUACUUCCUGCCUGCCCAGGCCGGUGGCCAGAAGUGUACGGUCAGCAUCUCGGUCCUCCUGGCCCAGACCGUCUUCCUCUUCCUGAUUGCCCAGAAGGUGCCCGCUACGUCCCUCGCUGUCCCGCUCAUCGGCAAGUACCUGCUCUUCGUCAUGACAGUGGCCACCCUGAUCGUCACCAACUGCGUCGUGGUGCUCAACGUCUCCCUGCGCAGCCCCAGCACCCACCGCCUCUCCCCCAGUCUCAAGCAU